AUGGCCUCCUUCUACUGCGUCUUGGGGGUCUGGAUUUCUCUUCUUCACAGCUGUGUCACAGGAUACCCCAAGCAAAAAACCUCUGGAUCAGAAGACAUCAGGAACUGCACAGUCACCCCUCCAUAUCUGCCUCCUACGGUGACCAAUACGGGUGAGCGAUUGAGCGCCCUGCGGCAACUCAUGCGGUCCCACAACCUCACAGUGUACAUCAUUCCCUCCAAGGAUGCACACAUGAGUGAGUACAUUGCAGAACGGGACAAGAGGUUAUCCUGGAUGACAGGCUUCACGGGAUCAUCAGGGAUUGGAGUGGUCACUCUGCAGAAGGCAGCCCUCUUCACUGACAGUCGCUACUGGACCCAGGCUGAACGCCAGAUGGACUGCAACUGGGAGCUGCAGAAAUCAGUCUGGAUUGCAUCGAUCGGAGAGUGGACACAUAAGGAAGUUCCUGCUGGGGGGAAGGUUGGAUUGGAUCCCUACCUCGUUUCCAUUGAUGACUGGCAGAGCUACAAUGAAGCCCUCGAGGAUUCGAAUUGGAUCCCCACCCCCAUCGAAGACAACCUAGUAGACCUGGUGUGGGGUGCACAGAGGCCUCCUCCCCCGGUCAGUGAGAUCUACCAACUCCCAGACAAUUUCACCGAACGUAAAAUUCUGGGACCCCCGGUGACUCUGUCAGGUGAUCCUCUGGAUACGCUUGGCAAGACGGACGGAACAACGGACAUAACACGGACUGUCCACUGGGGGGAGCCCACUCCUUUUCAGAAGGAAGCAUACACACGGGUGCUGAUGGGAAACAUUGACCUUUCCAGACUCACCUUUCCAGCUAGAACUUCAGGGAGGAUGGUGGAGGCUUUCGCUCGCCAGGCCUUAUGGGAAGUGGGACUCAACUACGGCCACGGCACCGGCCACGGCAUCGGCAACUUCCUGUCCGUCCAUGAGUGGCCCGUGGGCUUCCAAACCAAAAACAUACCCUUUGAAAAGGGCAUGUUCACCUCCAUAGAGCCUGGUUAUUACCAAGAUGGUGAGUUUGGGAUCCGUCUGGAGGAUGUUGUGCUCGUGGUAGAAGCGGAGUCAAAGUACCAAGUGAGUGAAACACCCUACCUAACAUUCAAAGUCAUCUCGUUGGUGCCCUACGACCGGAGCCUCAUCGAUGUGAAACUUCUAUCGCAGGAGCAGAUCAAGUACCUCAACAGCUAUUACGAGACAAUCCGCAAGCUCGUUGGGCCUGAACUGGAGAGAGACCGCCUGCACGAAGAGUACAGUUGGCUGCAGGAGAAUACAAAGCCCUUUUCCCGUGCCACUCUGAUGGCAGCCUCCCUGGGCAUCCUUGCCAUGAGUGCCCUGACCUCUACUCUUCUGACUGGCAUGUAG